CUUUGAGGCUACUGUUGUGUUCCCAUGCUGCUGUCUGGGUGAUUUAUCAAGCAUUAAAUGCCCACGGAGGGUUACUAGGGAAAGUGAGGACAGUCUACAGAGCCGAGGGGGUAACACCGGAUAAAUCGUCUGCAAUGUCCAGUGAGGCGCAGCUGGUGUCCUACACUGACACCGAAGGGUCCCCGGCGUCGUUAGACCAGUGCACAGCCUCAGAUGCUCACCAGACACCGGUCACCGAGCCUGACUGGAUUGAGGAACGAUUCCGUGUGGACAGGAAGAAGCUGGAAGAAAUGCUGCAAAUGCCUGCUGAUGGAAGUGGACAGAAUGUUGAAGAAUUCUUUCAGAAGGUUAUGGAUGAAACCAAUACCCAAAUAAAAUGGCCUUCCAAACUCAAGAUAGGUGCGAAAUCCAAAAAGGAUCCACAUGUGAAAGUGGAGGGGAAAAUACAGCAUGUGGCUGAAGCCAAAAAAAGAAUCUUAGCUAUACUAGAAACUAAGGUUAACAAAGUUACACUUAAGAUGGAUGUCCCCCAUACAGAGCAUUCACAUGUCAUUGGCAAAGGAGGAAGCAACAUUAAAAAAGUCAUGGAAGACACAGGCUGCCAUAUACACUUUCCUGACUCAAAUCGAUGCAAUGGCACAGAGAAAAGCAAUCAGGUAUCACUAGCUGGUCCAGCUUCUGGAGUUGAAUCUGCUAGGAAACAAAUUCGGGAUCUGCAGCCUCUGGUUCUGAUGUUUGACAUACCCAUUACAACAGCAACAGUGCCUGAUAUAAACGCACCCAUAAUUCAGCAUAUAAUGCAGAGUUUUGGUGUUGCUGUUUCAUUUAAGCAUCAUUCUAAGUUUCCUCUAGCAACAUGUAUAGUGAAAGGCCUGCAUGGGAAAGCUUCUGCUGUUAAGAAAGCUACGUUGCUUCUCAUCGAGCUCUUGGUGGGUUCUGACACAAGUGUGACUGUCACUACACAUCUCGAUGUUGGAACACAGCAAUACCACAUCCUACUCAGUCAGAACGGCGCAAAUAUUUUAAAAAUCAUGCAAGCAUCUCAAGCUCAGAUAGUAUUUCCAGACUUAAACGGCCUUCAGAAUCAAAAUACUCUUCUCCUACAAGGAAAUGUGGAGUCUGUCUGCACCGCCAAACAACAGCUUACGGACUGCCUACCCCUGUGCUUAAUGUUUGAUAUGAAGGAGAGUGAAGAACUGGAACCAGAGAAAAUGAGUACUCUGGUGGAAAAGCUGGGAGUCUUCAUCAGCAUGAAAUCAAAGCCGAAACAAUCUGCAAAGUCUGUUAUUGUAAAAGGGCUGGAAAGAAAUGUUCUUCAGAUAUAUGAAGCAAGGAAACUCCUUCUUGGCUUGGAAUGUAGUGCCCUCGGACCAACACCAGGGAUAGUGCCAUUAAAUGGAAUUUCAAAUCACUGGAUAACUGCCUACCUGCAGCAGCUGGCCCAUACUGAACCAGGUCAUGCCCUUCUAAAUUCUGCUCUAAAGGCCUUAAUUGGACAGUCCAGCCAGAUUCCACAGUCCACUCGUGGGAAUCCUUCAUCUUCUUAUUUAAAUCUUGUCAUGAAUACUGGUGCAGAGAAACCUAGAGCAGCUUCUGCAUCGCUGGAUGCUAACAGUUCGACAGUACUCAAAGCAGCGCAACCUCCGCCUGGCAUUAAUAUGGUCCAGAAACUUAAAGAAGAGUUACCAUCAGCUAGAAACAGCACUGCCAGUCUUCAGGCAACAGAGGACUUUGCAAACAUGUCUUUAGAGGACAGACUAAGCAGUGACAAUCUACCAGCUCUUGACAAAACAGAGGUGAUAAAAGGUAGUACGGUAAUUCCUGGCAGUGCUUCUGAAAUCAGUAGAGCACAGAGCCAGGAAAAAAACUCAGACUUUUUAAAGUCUAAUACAGCAUUGUUGCCAAAUUUUAACAAAGAGAGUGAAAGAAGUAAUGUAGGUCAAAAUGAAGGAAAACAAGAAUCUGGAUGUCAGUCUUCAUGCAAUAAAACUGUGGACUGCGACUAUGAAAAAAAGAAACUGCUUGCAACAAAAGCCAUGCAAAAAAGACCAGUUGUUACAGAAGUAAGGACUCCAACAGACACUUGGAGUGGCCUUGGAUUUUCAAAGUCAAUGCCUGCUAAAGCUGCAGAAGAAAUUCGCAAUGUGAAUCGCAGAAACUACAAAUCUUAUUAUGACAAUAACACAGAGCCCUCUUUCAUGGAACAGUCCCUUAAUGGAAGUGAUUGUGCUGACUGGAGGAAACGUCGAGAAUCGACAGCUUCUUCUUUUCCAACGUUUUCAUCAUCUGCAAGAAGAAUAUCAGACCUGCCUUCAGGUAACACAUUUUUGAGUUGCAGUAACUAUCUUGAAAGUAUUUCCUCACAAAAUGACUCAAAAAUGUGGAAAAAAAGCAUCUUAGAUAUGGAAGCAGAUGAUCUUCCUGAACUUUUCAGCAGUUUAGGACUAAGCAAGUACAUCGACAUCUUCCAAGAGCAAGAGAUUGAUUUCCAGAUGUUUUUAACACUGACUGAUGAAGACCUUAAAGAACUUGGAAUAUCAACAUUUGGUGCGAGGAGAAAGAUGUUGCUAGCCAUUUCUGACUUAAAUAAAAAUGCCAGAAAGUUGAUGGACCUUCCCACAGUGCGGGCCGGUUACCUGGAUGGAGGAGCUAGUGGACGAUUGCCUCGUGCAGAUUCUUCCAAUAUAGCAUCUUCAAGUAAUCGAUGGUGACAAAAGACAGAAAAAUUCUGAACCAUUCUGCAUUCUGCUUUGUGUGACAGUACAAAACUCUGAAGUAUGGCUUCUGUAUGUCGGUGAAGCUGUUCAGAAACUUGUAGGUGGUACAUCUCUGAAAAGUGGGACACACAGUCUAAUUUAAUUAAAUUUUAUUAAAAGAAAGUAUUACUGAAAGGUU